CACAACAUGUGUUAAAUAUCAUCCAAUCACAUUGCUGCUACGUCACUCCGAACGCCGUUAAGCAAGUUCGCGCUUCUUUUUCCAUCUACGGAUGACUUGGAUGCACCCAUGUCAGGUAUUUUGAUUUAUUUUUUAUUUUAAAUGUAUUUUUAGUGUAUAUUUUACGGUCAAAUGUGCGUUAGUUAGCGCCCUUUCCUGUGUACAGGUAUUUUCGGUAGACAUAAGAGCCCGUGUUGAACAGGACUGCAGCCGCGUGCUUUACAAAUUAUAAAUUCUCCUCAUACAUUGUGCUUCAAAUGGAAGACAUUCCAAAAACACUAGUUGCAGUUCUUCUAGAUGAAAAGGAGAUAUGCAAAAAACUUCAGCGUUUCAAGAGUGUUGCAGAAAUAAUGAAUGCUUGCAAAAGUCUCCUACCCUGUGCCGCAGAGUACCACAGAAUUUUGAAAUUUAAUGUUGAUUUUAAUGAAUUUAUUGACACAGAUCUUAAUGAGAAAGUGGAAAACUUGGACAAGUUUCAAGUUUUUUUUAAGUCGGUAAAGAGAAGUGGAUCACAGGCAUUGGAUGAAACAUUGGAUGUAGAUGUGGCUGGUCCAAGUCAUCAACAAAAUGUUGCACCAAAGAACGUACAUGAAGCUGGUCCUAGUAGUCAACAGAAGCAUCAACGUAAUAGAAUUGAUGUAGACACCCUGCGAGCACUUAUUGAAAGCAAAGGUCCAAGUAUACUGACGGAUUAUGAAGCUUCAGGAAUGCUUUCAGAGACGUCAAGAAAACUCCUUGUUAAGAUAGGAGUCAGUGCGUUGGUGGAACGAAGUGGAUUUUACCCUUGUAAUGAUGAGAAGCGAAUGUUGGCAGAAAGUGUGGUAACACUGUUUCCUUCUCUGAAGAUCAAGAUUGGAGAAGAGAAUGAAGGAUUUGAACAUUUCUAUGACCCAGUCUCCCACAGUGGAUUUAUUGAGAUGAAACUUAGAAAUCUACGAAGGAAUCUUCAUGAUGAUCAGCGUCUCUACCAGCGGAAACGUAUUCGAAUCAGUGAUUCCUCUGUAGUGUCUAUCACUUUGGAAGUCGAGGAUGAGUCUACUCAAGAGUGGACAACUGUGAUCAAAAGGAUGAAACCAUCUCCAGAAAACCUCCAUACCAUCAAAAUGGGCAUGGAGAAAACAUACAGUAAUCGCAGAUCAUGGAUCUCAAACAAGUCCCCGACAGUGAAAGAGAUAUUUGAAGAAUACCCACGAUUUAUAGACAUGCCAUACUUGCUUGACACUGAGUUUGGAAAAAUGUUUCCUGGGAAGGCAGAUCUCUUUCUUCGAAAAUGGGAAGGAAAUAUUGUUCCAAAGUUGCAAAAGAUGGCCACAGAGAAAGAUCCUCUUGUCAUGCCAACUGAUAAUGGAAGUGAAGAGUCAUGUUACAGAGCUCUUCAACUUCUUACUACAUUGCUGCCCCCCACUGCAUCAGGAAGGAGCAAAGGUUGGGCCAAAUGCAGUACAAAGUCAGCCCUUGUGUACCUCUUGGACAUUAAGCUGGCUGGAACCACCAUCUCCAGCCUCCUGGAUAAUUCCCAGAAAAUUGUGGAAAACCAUCAACCCCACAUUGUCUGUUUUGGAGCUCCAAGUUCUACAGCACAAUACAUCAUUGUGGCCGAGAAUGACAAACUCGCCAUUCCACUCGAGGAUAACAGUCUGACGUGUGCCAUUGACAAGCUGUUCAAAGUGUAUUGGGUUUGCAAUGUAGAAUAUCCUGCUCAACUCACAUCUGUCUUUAAUUUCUUUGAAAGUCUAUAUGAACUGCCUUUCUCUGGUGGCAAGAGAUCCAAAGUUGUGGAGCUUAUUGCAAAGCUUCAAGCACUUUCCUAAAUUGAACCACCAUGUACAUAUGUCCAAAGUGUAAAAAACCCAAUUCAAAGGAUAUCCGGAAACUUCUUAGGCAUCUUAGGCAUGUCCAUGCACUUUCUGAUGGACAGGAUUAUACAAUUGUUUGUAGUCAAAACAAUUGUCAACGAACAUACCAUAAUUUCAAUUCUUAUGCUAAACAUCUCAAUAGAGAGCAUGCUCAGGUUGCAAACCCAUCACAUUUAGAACAAGACCCUGACACCAGCAUGAGUGAGGACCCUGACACCAGCAUGAGUGAGGACCCUGACACCAGCAUGAAUGAGGACUUCUCAGCUGCAUCUUGCUCUGAUGCUGUUGAUAUUCUAGAGACUAAUUCUGAUGGCUCCAGUAAUUGUAAGACUCCUGACUACCAAAGCUGUGCAGCAGCAUUUGUUGCAAAAAUGUACUCCUCUUCAAAUUGUACCCUGACUGAUGUGCAAAAAAGCAUCACUUGCACAAAAGAACUACUCUGCGAAACCCUGGACUGCUUGCAAGAGAGGACCACAUCUCUGCUUAAUCGCUAUUCAGUACCCAGUGAUGAAUUGCAGACUUUGAUGGAAGAUUUUGAAAAAGGACAAAAUAUGUUUGAGGAAGUUGAUACCCCCUACAAAAUGACUAAAUAUUUUACAGCAAACCACUCUUUUAUUAAGCCAACAGAAAUCUUUCUUGGAAACAGAGGAGACGCUGCAAGAAUGAAAGGUAAAUUAACUCAAGUGUUAAUAGCAGAUACAUGUCAAUACAUAUCUAUUAUUGAUACUCUGAAGUUUCUUUUAAAAAAUGAAGAAAUGCAGAAGUUUUUUGUGGAUUCAACCAAAAGUGAUGACAAAUUGCGUGACUACUGUGAUGGCUCACAUUUUAAAAAUCACAAAUUGUACAGCAGAUUUCCUCAAGCUUUACAAAUUCAACUUUAUUUUGAUGAUUUUGAAACAACAAAUCCUUUAGGCUCUAAAACCAAAGUUCACAAAAUGGGAGCAGUUUAUUUUUGUUUGAGGAAUUUACCUGCUAGAUUUAACUCAUCUCUUGAAAACAUCCACCUAUGUUUGCUUUUUAAUUCGAUUGACAAAGAAGUUUAUGGUUUUGACAAAAUAUUUGAGCCAUUGUUGGAUGAUAUAAAGUUUCUUGAAACCAGAGGGAUUGAAGUUCAGAUCAAUGGCCAGAGUACACUGUUAUUUGGCACAAUAUGCUUGUUCACCGCUGACAAUCUGGCCUGCCAUUCACUUGGAGGAUAUUUGGAGAGUUUCGCAGCCAACAAAUUCUGUCAUUUCUGUCUGAUUGACAAACAUGAGAUGCAGUGUAUAUUUGAUGACAAUUGUUUGGAGUUGCGCAAUGAAGUAAAUUACAGUCAACAUGUUAUGCUUAAAAAUCCUGGUUUAACAGGGAUAAAAGCAGACUCUUGUCUAAACUCUCUAAAGUACUUUCAUAUUACUGAUAAUGUCUGCGUUGACAUUAUGCAUGACAUUUUAGAGGGUGUGGCUCCACUCGAGAUCAAACUUAUGUUACAACAUUUCAUCUAUGAGGAAAAACUUUUCACUUUAGAACAGUUGAAUGACAGAAUGGUCAGCUUUGACUAUGGUGUGGCAAAUGAGAAAAACAAGCCCAGUGCCAUUCUGAAUUUAAGAACAUCUGAGAACCCCAUGAAGCAAAAUGCCAGUCAAAUGUGGUGUCUCAUCCUUUCUUUGCCUUUCCUGAUUGGAAAUUUUAUAAGUGAAGGUCAUAGUCACUGGAAAUUGUUCCUUCUCCUUAGAGAAAUUUGUAGCAUAAUUUUUGCACCAGUUGUUACCAAGGGAUUAGCUGUAUUUUUAAAGCAGCUAGUUAUUGAUCACCAUAACUUGUUUAAGACACUAUAUCCCAACAAAUCACUAAUUCCAAAGCAUCAUUUUAUGACUCAUUACUGGCGAAUGAUGUUAAAAUUCGGCCCACUGUCUAAAUUUUGGUGCAUGAGAUUUGAGGGAAAACAUUGUCCUCUAAAAAAACAUGCACAAACUGUGUGUAAUUUCAAAAAUAUAAGUAAGACAUUAGCCUACAAGAGUCAGGUUCAGACUAUGUUUCAUUGGAAAUUGGGCAGUCCAUUAACUGAGACAAUUACUGUCCCAAAUGUUUUUUCAGUGAUGGUUGGAUGUUUGGAAGAGAGUGUGCUGUUUGUUGAAAAUAUGAAAGACUUUGGCUAUGAACUUGAUGCAUGUAGCACUAUUCAUGUUUCUCACUCUGUUAAUGUGUUUGGUCAGACUUUUCAAACUGGUUGUGUACUUGCUUUAAACCGUGACUUAAGAGGAGAGCGUCUCUUUGGUGAGGUUUUACACAUAGUUCCACAAUGUGAAAAAGAAUGUGUUUUAGUUUUUUUGAGAGUUUUGUCACAAGUGUAUUUUCACCCACACUUUUAUGCCUAUGCAGUACAAAGAACAAAUGAAUACAAAGUGAUUAAUUUGAGCAAAGCUGCUGAUG